AUGGCUGUACCUAGGUCCUUGGGUCUCUUUCGAGGAGUACGGCCUACUUCCAAGCUUCCAAGAUUCGGAGGUGAAUUCUCAAGUGUCAAGCGAGCGAAGUCAACCGUCCCUGCGGUUGCGAUCGGAGGGGAAAAUGCAAUCAAUGCGACGCUUCCACAUGCGCCGCCGCAACUUCCUCCACAUUCGUUGCUACCCAACAAGAUGCUGCUGAGGUCUCUUCUGGUGGCCACAAUUUCCUCUCACCCUUGGCUGUUGACGCCAGCCUUAAAGAUGCUCCAAGUACUGGUCCAUCCUGAAGUACCUCUCCUCGAUGUCGACAAGAAUCCCCUGUUGCGAAGCAUUCUCAAACGAACAUUCUACAACCAUUUCUGUGCCGGCGAGAACGGGGUGGAGGUCCGAUGCACGAUCGGCAACAUCAAAGACAUGGGUUUCAAGGGCGUAAUUCUCACUUACGCUCGAGAGGUCGUGGUUGACGCCACCGGCCCGGCAACUGAAACUGCGACUCCAAUCAGGGAGCAAAGCCCCACGAUCGGAACUUCCACGGAUGCCGGUGUUGAAGCCUGGAGAGAAGGUGUUUUGGAUACAGUCGAGAUGGUUGGGCCUGGUGAUAUCCUUGCGUUGAAGCUCACUGGGGCUGGCGAAUCUGCGAUGAAGGCUCUUUCGGCCAAUCAGCCUCUUCCAGAGCAGAUGAUGAAUGCGCUCGAAGAGAUCUGUUCGCGCGCCGUGGCGCAGAAAGCCCGCAUUUUCAUUGACGCUGAGCAACAAUCUGUCCAAUCUGGCAUUGAUGCCGUCGCGUUGGACUUGAUGAGACAAUAUAACACCGAUGGGACUGCGGUAGUGUUCAACACCUAUCAAGCUUAUCUGAAAGGCACUCCCGCUACUGUGGAAUCGCAUCUGACGAUUGCUGCAAAGGAGGGGUUUACUCUGGGUGUCAAGUUGGUCCGAGGUGCCUAUAUCAACUCUGAGCCACGGGCUCUCAUCAAUGAUACCAAGUCUGAUACGGAUGACUCGUACAACUCGAUUGCCGAGGGUAUGAUCCGACGAUGCUAUGGGCCAUACGGUGGCGAGAAGUCUUUCCCGUCCACGGAGUUGUUCUUGGCUACCCAUAACAGAGAGAGUGCUCUGCUCGCAGACCGGUUGGUCAAGGAACAGCUUGCAGCUGGGCUUCCCACAGUCAAGGUUCAGUACGGUCAGCUGCUAGGCAUGGCAGACGGAGUGAGUUGCAAGCUGCUCCAGCUUGGCCAAGCGAAGAGCGAUGAUGCUCGGCAUGUCGCCCCAGAGGUUUUCAAGUGCCUUAGCUGGGGAACUCUUGGAGACUGCCUCUCGUAUCUCCUGCGCCGGGCGGUGGAGAAUCGGGACGCCGUUGGUCGCACCAAGGAAGAAUAUUUGGCGCUCCGGAAGGAGACUUUCCGGCGGUUGAGGCGCGGUUUUACUUAG